UAUUUCUGGUCAAAAUGCUGGGUACUAAGCAGCGAAACUCCCAUGUCAAUGGCAGCAUCAAGUCAUCCUCCUCGAUCCGAUCGAGCUCCAAAUCGUUCCAGGCCAAGAUGGACAAAAUGUCGGAGAGAUUGUACGACAUUGUCAAGAGUGGGUCGAUGGUGAAAAGGGCCCAGAACAAGAAGCGCUUCACGCCAGUGAACUACAAACAUCGCUGGUUCGAGCUGACCAAGCGGACACUCUGCUACUUCGAUGUGGAAAACAUAGAGCGGAGACGGGAACGCGGUCGUAUCCAUUUGAAGGGCGUUCGUCUCGUGGAGGAGGCGACUGUCAGCGGGGAGGGCGGCGAUCCCUUUGCACCGGAUGGUUAUCCAUUCCAAGUGGGCUACUGUGAGAUCUCUUCAUCGUCGAAUUUGCAGCAGCUGGAGAACGGCGGCGGGGGCGGAGGAGUCGAGGGCCAACAGCAGAGUGGACGAGCGGUGCCACAGUACACACUCUACGUGAUCGCCAACAGCGAAAAGGAGCGCACCGAGUGGAUCCGCGCCAUCCGCCAAGUUUGUGAAGAUAGCAAUACCCCCAAAUCGUAUCGCUAUCACCCAGGCCUGUGGUCUGGAAAGAAGUGGAGCUGCUGCAAGGGGAUAUCUCGUGCCACAUUCGGGUGCAGAGCUGCAGCCCACUGGCGUGAAGCAAACAAUAAUCCAAGCAACGGCAGUUCUCCAGCCCAGAAUUCAACGCGCAGCAUCAGCCCAAACAGCUCCACUACCAACAGCCAAUUCAGCCUGCAGCACAACAGCUCAGGGAGUCUCGGCGGCGGAGUGGGCGGUGGAGUGGGUGGCGGCGGCAGCCUUGGCCUAGGCGGCGGAGGAGGUGGUGGCGGCAAUUGCACGCCCACAUCGCUACAGCCUCAGUCUUCGCUGACAACUUUCAAGCAAUCACCGACUUUAUUGAACGGCAACGGAAAUCUAUUGGAUGCCAAUAUGCCUGGCGGUAUACCCACUCCUGGAACUCCAAAUUCCAAAUCAAAGGACAAUUCACAUUUUGUGAAGUUAGUGGUGGCACUCUAUCCAUUCAAGGCCAUCGAAGGCGGCGAUUUAUCUUUGGAGAAAAACGCCGAGUAUGAGGUUAUUGAUGAUUCUCAAGAGCAUUGGUGGAAAGUCAAAGAUGCCUUGGGCAAUGUGGGCUAUAUACCCAGCAACUAUGUCAAGCCAAAAGCACUGCUGGGUCUAGAGCGCUACGAAUGGUAUGUGGGCGAUAUGUCGCGACAGAGAGCCGAGUCCCUGCUCAAGCAGGGCGACAAGGAAGGCUGCUUUGUGGUGCGCAAGUCAUCGACCAAGGGUCUCUACACACUCUCACUGCAUACCAAAGUUCCACAAUCGCACGUUAAGCACUAUCACAUCAAGCAGAAUGCCCGCUGCGAGUAUUAUUUGAGCGAGAAGCACUGCUGCGAAACUAUCCCGGAUCUGAUCAACUACCAUCGCCACAACUCUGGAGGGUUGGCCUGCCGAUUGAAGUCCUCGCCCUGCGACCGUCCAGUGCCACCAACGGCUGGUCUGUCGCACGACAAGUGGGAGAUCCAUCCCAUGGAGCUGAUGCUGAUGGAGGAACUGGGAUCGGGGCAGUUCGGGGUGGUGCGUCGUGGCAAGUGGCGCGGAUCGAUAGACACCGCCGUCAAGAUGAUGAAAGAGGGCACCAUGUCCGAGGACGACUUCAUCGAGGAGGCCAAGGUGAUGACCAAGCUGCAGCAUCCCAAUCUUGUGCAGCUGUAUGGCGUGUGCUCCAAGCACCGACCCAUUUACAUUGUUACCGAGUACAUGAAGCAUGGCUCCUUGUUGAACUACUUGCGCCGGCACGAGAAGACCCUCAUCGGCAACAUGGGUCUGCUGCUGGACAUGUGCAUACAGGUGAGCAAGGGCAUGACCUACCUGGAGCGCCACAAUUACAUCCAUCGGGAUCUGGCUGCCCGCAACUGUCUUGUCGGCUCUGAGAACGUGGUCAAGGUGGCUGACUUUGGCUUGGCCCGCUACGUCCUCGACGAUCAGUACACCAGCUCCGGCGGCACCAAGUUCCCCAUCAAGUGGGCACCGCCCGAGGUCCUCAACUAUACGCGCUUCUCCUCCAAGAGCGAUGUCUGGGCUUAUGGUGUCCUUAUGUGGGAGAUCUUCACCUGUGGCAAGAUGCCCUACGGUCGCCUAAAGAACACUGAGGUUGUAGAGCGUGUUCAGCGCGGAAUUAUUCUAGAGAAACCAAAGUCGUGUGCCAAGGAGAUUUACGAUGUCAUGAAGUUGUGCUGGUCACAUGGACCCGAGGAGCGCCCUGCGUUCCGCGUUCUCAUGGACCAACUGGCUCUUGUGGCCCAGACGCUAACAGACUAAGCAGCAGCUCCCAACACGCACUGAAGCAUCUAAAAACAUUGAAGAACUUUAUUCAUUAAAAUUACAAAAAGAAUAUAAUAUAUAUAUGAAUAUAUAUAUAGAUUUAUGCAUAAAUGUAUAUGAAAGAGUAAGAUUUAGUUAAGCAACAGCCAGAUUCAGAGCCGCAUACUUGGAUUAUUUGAUAGAGCCAGAGCUGACGAAUGAUAUCAUUAUGUUUAUGAAAGCGUUAACUGUUAGUCGGUAGAAGAUACCCAGCGCAACUACUGACAGUCACUUAUAGCAACUACCAUUUAAAUAUAUAAUUAUAAAGAUAUAUAUAUACAUAUAUAUAUAUGAGAAGAGAAAUCGGAUUAAAGUAUAGUAAACUGUAGUUAAUAGUCCAAUUUUUGAUACAUUUCAAGCGAAUACCGAAAGCGAAUGGAAAAUAUAAUACUUGUGCUUUUAUAAAAUAGCGAUUAGAGAAUAGCGAGAGCCAAUGUGCUAAGUAAAGUAUAUGAUUAUCUCUAAAGAAAUGGAUGAGAAGAUGGAAACAAACAAGAAAACUGAUUAAGCAUUAAAAAUUAUGAUGUAAGCCUCAAGUCGAAAGCGAAAUGUUUGCACACAACUGAUAAAGGAUAUAAUGGAUGAUUUAAAAGGAACCGAAGUUAGAUGUUUGAAGAACACCAACAAUUUUUAGACUAGAUUUUUACGUGCUUAGCCUAAGUUUUGUGAUUUAUUGUUUAAUUCUUGCAGACGAUUCUUUAUAAUUUGUAUUUAAUUUUUUGAUCUUGCGAUGACUUCUCCCACGCUCAAAGUAUGAAACGAGUACGAUUUAAAAUAUACAAUAUAUAUUACGUAUGAGACAUUUAUACCAUAUGCUUUAUAUUUUAAUUGAAUUUUUUCGUUUUUUUUAUCGACAUCGAUAUGCAUAUAUUUUACCCUAUUUUUAUGAAGAGUUUUACUUAAUUAAUUUUACCAUUUGCAUGUAAGAUUAAAAAACAGAGAAAACAACAAACAAAAACAAACAAAAAAUCAAAUAAAAUGUACGAUAAACAUUUAA